CGCAGUGAAAGCCCGAGCGGCGGCGGCGGGGACGGCGGCUGAGGCUGCCCGGCGGCUGUGAGAGCGUGUGGGGCGCAGGCUUGGCGGCGGCGGCCGGUCUGGAGCGGUCGCUGCGAGGACGACAGCUGCAGCGGGGGAGGCGCGGCCGGGGCUGCGCGCUCCGCUGAGCCGGCUGGGCCGGGAACAGGUGAUCCCAGCGGGAGACCCGCGCCCUACCGAGUUGGAGGGGCGGGAGCCCGCGCUCUUGGGCGCAGCUGCAGCCGCCCAGCCGCGGCUCCGGACUCGGGCAUCCCUGCGCUCUCUGGGGUCCGGGGAAGCCCCCUACCCCCGCAGGCUCGGAAGUGCCUUCUCCUGCUCCCUGGCCGCUCUUGGCGCCCGCUCGGCGGCGGAGAAAGUUGUGGACGUGUCCAGAUAGUCGAACCGGGCGCGUCGCGACCGGGCCGGGUGUGCGCGCGCUUGGGGCGGCGCUGACACGCCUGCCCCGCAUCACCUCGGUCCCCUCCGGAAACUGCUUCUGAAGCUGAAACUUUGGGCGCUGACCAGCGCAGGCGGGAGCCCUAGGGGCGGAGGGCGGCUGGGUGCGGGCCUGCGGGCGCCCCUCGGCGCGGACAGCCGGGACGCCGCGGACGGCAUGUGACGGCCCCGGAGGCCGCAGCGCGGGAAGGCGCGGGCCCCGGCGCGGCGGGGAGGGCUCGGCCGGAGGGGAGGCUGCGGCGCGCGGCCGGUCGCUGCGGGCCCGGGCCCCGAGCCGUGCCGCUCCGCUCGCCCGGGCCCCGCCGAGGCCGCUGCGCCCCCGCCUCCUCGCGGGAGGACUCGCUCCAAACUCCCUGAACUUCGGGGACAGUCCUCCGAAGCGGCGAAACUCUUAGGGUUGGCAGCCCUGCCCAGGGAUCCCCAUCCCGGGCGGCGCUCCGGACGCCCUCUCCUCACCGCGGCCCCGCAGACACGUGCCUGGACUCUGAGGGCCUCUGGAGCCCCCGGCCCGACCAAGAUGCUCAUGAGGAAAGUGCCCGGCUUCGUCCCGGCCUCCCCGUGGGGGCUGCGGCUGCCGCAGAAGUUCCUCUUUCUCCUCUUCCUCUCGGGUCUCGUCACCCUGUGCUUCGGGGCCCUCUUCCUGCUGCCCCACUCCUCUCGCCUCAAGCGCCUCUUCCUGGCCCCCCGGACCCAGCAACCUGGGCUGGAGGUGGUGGCCGAAAUCGUCGGCCAUGCCCCAGCCCACGAGCAGGAGCCGCCUCCCAACCCGGCCCCUGCCGUGCCGGCCCCGGGCGAGGAUGACCCCAGCAGCCGGGCCAGUCCCCGCCGCAGGAAAGGGGGGCUGCGGCGCACCCGCCCCACCGGGCCCCGCGAGGAGGCCACGGCGGCCCGGGGCAAUAGCAUCCCGGCCUCCAGGCCCGGGGAUGAGGGCGUCUCUUUUCGCUUUGACUUCAACGCAUUCCGGAGCCGCCUCCGCCACCCGGUCCUGGGAAUGAGGGCCGAUGAGAGUCAGGAGCCCCAGAGCCGAGUGCGAGCCCAGCGGGAGAAAGUCAAGGAGAUGAUGCAGUUUGCUUGGCAGAGCUAUAAACGUUAUGCAAUGGGGAAAAACGAACUCCGUCCACUAACGAAAGACGGCUACGAGGGUAACAUGUUCGGAGGCCUCAGUGGGGCGACAGUCAUUGACUCCCUCGACACCCUCUACCUCAUGGAGCUGAAAGAGGAGUUCCAGGAGGCCAAGGCCUGGGUGGAAGAGAACUUCCACCUGAAUGUGAGCGGAGAAGCAUCCUUGUUUGAGGUGAACAUCCGCUACAUCGGGGGACUCCUCUCAGCCUUCUACCUGACGGGAGAAGAGGUGUUCCGAAUAAAGGCCAUCAGGCUGGGAGAGAAGCUCCUGCCGGCGUUCAACACCCCCACGGGAAUCCCAAAGGGCGUGGUGAGCUUCAAAAGCGGGAGCUGGGGCUGGGCCACGGCCGGCAGCAGCAGCAUCUUGGCGGAGUUUGGAUCCCUGCACUUGGAAUUCUUACACCUCACCGAGCUCUCUGGCAACCAAGUCUUCGCUGAAAAGGUCAGGAACAUCCGCAAGGUCCUCAGGAAGAUCGAAAAGCCCUUUGGCCUCUACCCCAACUUCCUCAGCCCAGUGAGUGGGAACUGGGUGCAACACCACGUCUCAGUUGGAGGACUCGGGGACAGUUUUUAUGAAUAUUUGAUCAAAUCCUGGUUGAUGUCGGGCAAGACAGAUAUGGAGGCUAAAAAUAUGUACUACGAAGCCUUGGAGGCGAUAGAGACCUACUUGCUGAAUGUCUCUCCCGGGGGGCUGACCUACAUCGCCGAGUGGCGAGGGGGGAUUCUGGACCACAAGAUGGGGCACCUGGCCUGUUUCUCCGGGGGCAUGAUCGCCCUUGGCGCCGAGGAUGCCAAGGAAGAAAAGAGGGUCCACUACCGAGAGCUCGCAGCCCAGAUCACCAAGACGUGCCACGAGUCAUACGCCCGCUCAGAUACCAAACUCGGGCCCGAGGCCUUCUGGUUUAACUCCGGCAGAGAGGCCGUGGCCACCCAGCUGAGCGAGAGCUACUACAUCCUCCGGCCAGAGGUGGUGGAGAGCUACAUGUACCUGUGGCGACAAACCCACAACCCCAUCUACAGGGAGUGGGGCUGGGAGGUGGUGCUGGCCUUGGAGAAAUACUGUCGGACAGAAGCCGGUUUCUCCGGGAUCCAAGAUGUGUACAGUAGCACCCCCAGCCACGACAACAAGCAGCAGAGCUUCUUUCUCGCGGAGACACUAAAGUAUCUCUAUCUUCUGUUCUCUGAAGAUGACUUGCUCUCCCUGGAAGACUGGGUGUUCAACACCGAGGCCCACCCGCUCCCUGUGAACCAUUCAGACAGCUCCGGCCGGGCCUGGGGCAGACACUGACCUCAUCCCCCGCCGCCGCCCUGGGGCCACUGCAGGGAUGCCUUGCCUUUUCAGGAUUUGGGACUGUUUUCAAAGGGACUGGGAACAAAGGCCCCAUCUCGGGCAGACCCCCAGCAGAUGUGUCAGACAAGCAACUUCUUUUCCUCUGUGAGGAGACAAGACUUGGAGACGCAGCAAUGUAAGGCCAGGGCCAUGGCCACACUGGCCCACACAUUCCUUUCUAAGGAGAAUUUCUAUGAAGCCCUCUCACUUGCCAUUCCAGGGCCAAAGGACCGGAGGUUUGCAAUCUGCCCCAUGUAUUUGAUUUGCUUCCUUUUGGUUUCUCGGUUUUUGUUUUUGCUUGAUUUAUCUUUUCUCUAUGGUUUAGUUUUAUCACAAUUAUACAUACAAUUUUCAGAAUUGUGCGCUUUCUAAAAUGGUGUCAUCCUGAUAAACAAAACCCAGUGUUUGCACACAUACAAAAUCUUGACCCUGUUAUCUAUAUUUAAAUGCUUUUUGCCCAACACUGACCCUGCAUUUGACUAUGUGUCAUUUACCUUAUAAUUUGAGGAGGGGUUUCCCUUUGAUUGGGCCUCAGUGUUACAAAUCACUAGUGCUCUUUUCAUUAUUAUUGUAAUGGAAAAAUCUGUGAACUAGAAUAAAAGAGUUUAUUGAAUAAGAAAUAUGAUUGGGCUUAUUGCACAUCAGUGACUCCUAGAAAAACCAUUGCAAUGUUACCAUCAGAAAGAAUAAUCAGCCAGCAGUUGAUUUAAGGUAUAAUUUAGUAAAUGAUUCCAACUUCUAUUACCUCCCCUGAAAUCAGUCCUGAUAUAUUCAAGAAGUGUGGGGCCAGCCCUUCAGAUGCUGUUGUUUAUUUACACUCAGGUUGAGAUUGGGAAGAGGCCCAGGGAGGAGCAGCAACUUGCCUGAGGUCACACAGCCCAAAAAAGGCAGAGGAGAGUCUCGCCCCUGCCGUCUCCUGGCCACCCCAGUUGAGUGUCUGUUCCAUCAUUCAGCAGAUGCUUAGUGAGUGCCUGCAACGGACCAGACACCGGGCUAGAGGCCAGGGACACCGCUGGGAGUGAGACAGUCAUAAGCCCUGCAGUCUAGGGGUCAAGAGGGGAGACGGCGAUGGUAAGGGAAACUGACAAGCAAGUGAAGUGACCCAUAGGAAAUGCUACAAAGGAGACAGAUGGACAGCUGAGGACCUACCCUACGGGGUCAGGCAGGGCCUCUCUGGGCAGGUGACCUUCAAGCCAAGACCCAGAAGAUACAAAGGAACAGCAGAAAGACUAUCUGGCAGAAGAACAAACCUCCCAUAACCCAGCCCCCUUUCCCACCCUCUCCGAUGCCCUCCCUGGGAGGGGCCCUGAAACACUGUGGCUGUUGUGCAGAGCAGAGUUCAGGUCCUAACACUGAAGUGACAGCGCUUCCUCCCCUGACACUUUUUUUGUUUGUUUGUUUUUGUUUUGAGACCCAGAGUCUCAUUCUGUUGCCUAGGCUAGAGUGCAGUGGUGCGAUCUUGGCUCACUGCCACCUCCACCUCCUGGGUUCAAGCAAUUCUCCUGCCUCAGCUUCCCCAGUAGCAGGGAUUACAGGUAUGCGUCGCCACACCUGGCUAAUUUUUUGUAUUUUUAGUAGAGACGAGGUUUUGCCAUGUUGCCUAGGCUGGUCUUGAACCCCUGAGCUCAGGUGAUCCACCCACCUCAGCCUCAGGCAUGAGCCACCACACCCAGCCCUUUCCUGGCACAUUUGCAGCUUAUCAACACAAUGGAAGUCACGGGAGAAUUUUGAGCCCUUCCCUGGGCUCAGCUGCUUACUCUGUUCAUAAGCUUUAGUAGCUCCUGCCUGGGGCUCUGAGCCAGGCGACCUAGCUUUAAAUCCCUGCUGUGUGAACUUAGGCAGGUACCUCCUCUCUCUGGGCUCUCUUCCAUCAAGCAGACAGAAAACCUCAACCCCACAAGGUUGCUGUGAGAAGUGGGAAGCUGCUGGUACCCUGGGCACAGGAAGUGCUUGUUCCUGGUUCUGGAGACUCAGGACAUUCCCAGAAUCUCCUUAAGCAGAGCCGCUGGGGAGUAGCUCCUAUGGCAAGUCACCAUGCUCUUGACAGGCAGCAUGAGAGCGUGACUCCCAUGACCCACCUGUGCUCA